AUGCAGCAGGAGGAGAAGCGGCAGCGGCGGGUCGCGGCGCAGCUGCAGGAUUCAGAGGGCUUCGAGCUGAACUGCAUGCGCCAAGAGGAGCAGCGAACCCGUGAAGCCGAGGAUCUUGCGCUGAGGUUGGAGGCCAAGAAUCUGAAAGCCAUGCGGUGGGAGGAGCAGCGCUUGAUCGAGAUCGCGGAGUACCUGCGGCGCUUGGAAGAGGAGGAGCGCUCGAAGAUGCAGCGCGCGGAGGAGGACGCCCGUGCCUGGCCGCGGGAGGUGGCCAAAAUGGAGGCUUUGGUGCUUGAGCGCGCAGGUAUGGGCAUGAACGACUUCCUUACCCUGAACAGGGACGCGCAAGCUAGGAGAGAUGAAAGAGAGCUCGAACGCCAGAGGCAGGAGGAAGAGGCAGAGCGCCAGCGGCAGGCAGAGGCCGAAAAAGCUGCAGCGGAAGCGGCUGCAGCGGAAGCGGCUGCAGCGGAAGCGGCUGCAGCGGAAGCGGCUGCAGCGGAAGCGGCUGCAGCGGAAGCAGCUGCGGAGGAAGCAGCAGCAGCGGAAGCAGCGGCUGAAGAGGCCGCAGCAGCAGAGGCGGCAGCAGCAGCAGCGGCAGCAGCAGCGGCAGCGGCAGCAGAGGCGGAGGCAGAGGCAAAGCCGGCGGGGUCAGAGCCGGAGGCGGCAGAUCCAAUAGAGGCAAUUGCUGCCGAAAGCGAGCCGGCGAGUCGACGCCGCGGAAAAGGCAAAGACAAGGGCGCAGGUCAAGUUGCGACGAAAGGCGAGGUCACCUUUGUCGAGGCAGAGGCCUCGGAGGAAGAAGCUGCGCCGGCCGUUGAGGCGGCCGAGGCGGCCGAGGCGGCGGAGGCCAACGGUGAAAGUGAACAAGCCAGCCGACGACGCAAAAAGGGGAAAAGCAAAGAAGGUGCAAGCGAGCCAGAAGUUGGGGCGCCAGAGGCCAAUGGCGAAAGUGAGCAAGCCAGCGGUCGACGACGCAAGAAAGGAAAGGAAAGGGAAUCAGGCGAUGUGGAAGUUGCUGCAGCCGAACUGGCAGAGGCGGCGCCGGAACCAGUGGCAGAGUCGGCAGAGGCCAAUGGCGAAAGUGAGCAAGCCAGCGGUCGACGACGCAAGAAAGGAAAGGAACGGGAAUCAGGCGAUGUGGAAGUUGCUGCAGCCGAACUGGCAGAGGCGGCGCCGGAACCAGUGGCAGAGUCGGCAGAGGCCAAUGGUGCAAGUGAGCAAGGCAGCGGUCGGCGACGCAAGAAAGGAAAGGAAAGGGAAUCAGGCGAUGUGGAAGUUGCUGCAGCCGAACUGGCAGAGGUGGCGCCGGAACCAGUGGCAGAGUCGGCAGAGGCCAAUGGCGGAAGUGAGCAAGCCAGCGGUCGACGACGCAAGAAAGGAAAGGAAAGGGAAUCAGGCGAUGUGGAAGUUGCUGCAGCCGAACUGGCAGAGGUGGCGCCGGAACCAGUGGCAGAGUCGGCAGAGGCCAAUGGCGGAAGUGAGCAAGCCAGCGGUCGACGACGCAAGAAAGGAAAGGAAAGGGAAUCAGGCGAUGUGGAAGUUGCUGCAGCCGAACUGGCAGAGGUGGCGCCGGCAACAGUGGCAGAGUCGGCAGAGGCAGAUGGAAGCGAGCACGCCGGCAGACGCAAGAAAGGCAAAGACAAGGAUGCAGGCGAGCGCGCAGGGGCACAAGUGACCUUUCCCGACGCGAUCGAGGCCGAAAGUGAAAGCCGCAAAGGUGUGGAGGCUCCAGAGGCCGAAACUUCGCCGCGACGGCGGCGCAAGGACCAAGGCCAGACUGAAGCCGGGCUAACUGGAGAGGAGGCUGCUGGCGAGAGCCGCAGAAGGCGCAAAGACAAAGCGGAAGACCCAGGCCAAACGGAAGAAGCUGUGGCCGAAACUGCAGUGGAAGAGGAGGCUGCAAAGGCUGAUGCUGGCAAGAGCCGAAGAAGGCGCAAAGAUAAAGCGGAAGACCCAGGCCAAACGGAAGAAGCUGGGGCCGAAACUGCAGCGAAAGAGGAGGCUGCAGAGGCUGCAGAGGCUGAUGCUGGCAAGAGCCGCAAAAGGCGCAAAGACAAAGCGGAAGACCCAGGCCAAACAGAGGAAGCUGGGGCCGAAACUGCAGCGGAAGAGGAGGCUGCGGAGGCUGACGCUGGCAAGAGCCGCAGAAGGCGCAAAGACAAAGCGGAAGACCCAGGCCAAACGGAAGAAGCUGGGGCCGAAACUGCAGCGGAAGAGGCUGCAGAGGCGGAUGCUGGCAAGAGGCGCAGAAGGCGCAAAGACAAAGACGCAGGCCAGACUGAAGAAGCUGGGCCGGAAUCUGCCGAGGAUGAGGGUGAGGCUGAUGCUGGCAAGAGGCGUAGAAGACGCAAGAAAAAGGACGCAGGUCAGAAUGAAGAAGCGACAGAAACUGCAGCAGAAGAGGAGGAGGAGGAGGAGGAGCAGGAGGAAGCUGCAGAGGCUGAUGCUGGCAAGAGGCGCAGAAGACGCAAGAAAAAGGACUCAGGUCGCGAUGAAGAAGCGGCAGAAACUGCAGCAGAAGAGGAGGAGGCGGAGGCUGCAGAGGAGGCUGAUGCUGGCAAGAGGCGCAGAAGACGCAAGAAAAAGGACUCAGGUGGGAAUGAAGAAGCGGCAGAAACUGCAGCAGAAGAGGAGGAGGAAGAAGCUGCAGAGGAGGCUGAUGCUGGCAAGAGGCGCAGAAGACGCAAGAAAAAGGACUCAGGUCGGAAUGAAGAAGCGGCAGAAACUGCAGCAGAAGAGGAGGAGGAGGAGGAAGCUGCAGAGGCUGAUGCUGGCAAGAGGCGCAGAAGACGCAAGAAAAAGGACUCAGGUCGCGAUGAAGAAGCGGCAGAAACUGCAGCAGAAGAGGAGGAGGCGGAGGCUGCAGAGGAGGCUGAUGCUGGCAAGAGGCGCAGAAGACGCAAGAAAAAGGACUCAGGUCGCGAUGAAGAAGCGGCAGAAACUGCAGCAGAAGAGGAGGAGGCGGAGGCUGCAGAGGAGGCUGAUGCUGGCAAGAGGCGCAGAAGACGCAAGAAAAAGGACGCAGAUCGGAAUGAAGAAAUUGGGGCAGAAACUGGGGCAGAGGAGGAAGCAGAGGAGGAGGCAGAGGCUGAUGCCGGCAGGAGGCGCAGAAGACGCAAGGACAGAGACGCAGGCCAGGCUGAAGAAGGGGCAGAAACUGGAGCAGAGGAGGAGGCAGAGGCGGGAUCCUCACGGCGCCCAAGGCGCAAGGACCAAGGCCGGACGAGUGAGGCCGAGGAGGCGGCCGGCGACGCCGGGAAGCGAAGGAGAAGAAGGCGCAAGGACAAAGGUUCGGCCGCGGAGGCUGCAGAGGCUGCAGAGGCAACCGACGGAAGCGAGUUCUGA